CAAGACUGAAAAUGUAUUUCCUGUUAGGCGUGCCUCUCUGUCCGCUUUCACUUCUGCCUUGCUCCUUGUUUCAAAUAGGAGGCAAUGAGCCAACAAUUGUUGCAGUGAAUGGAUCCUCUUGGCAAGAUGAGUUUUUUCGUUCAAGCGUCUGCUGAGGAUCUGCAUGAUGAGCUCGUAGAUUUAGGAUGGUACCACAAUGAUCUGUCCCGCCAUGCUGCUGAAGCUCUCCUCUUGUCUAAUGGAAGUGAUGGGACUUACCUCCUAAGAAACAGCAAUGAGGGGCCAGGCUGUUUUGCCUUGUCUGUAAGGGCAAAGGAUUCAGUCAAGCAUUUUCACGUGACACGCAAAGGCAAUGGCUAUGUGUUUGGAUUUAACACAUUUUCAAACCUUCGGGACUUUAUUAACCACUUCGCCAAUCAGCCUCUGGUGGGCAGCGAAACAGGUACAACAAGCACAUCCACGACAGUUACUACACGAUAGUAUGAAGACUUACCA